AUGGCUGGAGCAAUGGCGACAAGCUCUUGCAACCCGUUUGAAGAGCCGGAAUGGCUCAUAUGCCCGCUCUCUGCAUCCAUGUUUCGGGAGCCCGUUGUCAACAUGGUUGGUAAUACCUACGAGAAAGACAUGUACCAGAAAGCGAUUCGACAUCGAUUGGUUGAUCCGCUGACCAACCAACCGCUGCCAGAGCCUGAUGGGGGGCCCCUGCAUCCUAAUCGUGUGGUGCGGGCUGAAGUGGAAGCGUUUCUUGCAUCCCACCCAGGCUAUGUGCCGCAUGGCUGGCCAUCCACUCCUGCACCCGCGGCUCCUUGUGCUGCAAAGCUGGCACGCGACUUCAUGGCGGACACGUGGGACCUUGCGCAGGGCAAUUGUGGCCCUGGGCUUUGCCUGCGCGGAUGUCUUCGAAUGGCAUACUCGGUGGCUUUUGCUUGGCGUUCCGUGCUGCCGGAAUACGAACCCAGGACUGAACAGUCGCGAGAGAUUCGGCAUGUCAGCACUGUCAUGGGUAUGGCCGCGGGGCUAUCGGCAGGCCGCAUUGGGUGGGGCCUGGCCAUUCGACUGGUUCGCGCGCUGUCAGGGAUGUGCCCACUGAGUCCCAUCACGCUUAUUGAGAAUCCUCACCAUGGCUUCAGAGCCUGGCUCCGUGCUGUUUAUCGGCUGACUUGUCCAAUACCACUGAACUGGGGACCUGUGGUCGGCGGAGAGCUUUUAUUGGGCCGCUUCUGGAUUUUACGAUUUCUGAUAAAGGAGGCCAUCUGGGCCAAGCUGCCUAAUUCCAUCUUCUAUGCUGCCAAGUUGUGCAAAGAGGAUAUCUCCCACGGCCUUGUUCAGCCUCUCGUUGGACAUGCUGUCAUGACACCGCUUGCUCUUUUUGCGUGCGGUCACUUCGUGGUAGCUGGUCGUGAGAUUGGGUGGAAGUGUGCCACCAAGCACAUGGAUGAGCUGGGGCAGGACCUGGAAUCAAGGCGUUUUGCUUUGUUAAGCAGUAUCUCUGCCGCUGUGGCGGGCAAUGCUCGUGUGGUGUCACUUCUCGGUGCUAUGUAUGGUGCAUCAGCGUUGGUCAUCCAUGCAGUCUUACUGACCAUUCGCAACAUGGCUGCCAUGCAGGGUUGGAGUGGAAUGUGUAAAGAUGUUUGGACCUGGCAAAGCACGGUCAAAAUUGUAAAAAAGUCUCACAGGAGCCCGAGUGGUCGAGGUGUGAGCGUGUCGGUUAGUUCCCCAACUUGGUCCCAAAACCUCUCCAAGGCUCUCGAGUUGAAGUUUGCAGAGUGCAGCGACCUACAGCAUUUGGGAGGUGGAAGCAGCUCCGCUGAGUGCCCAGGCGGAUGCUGCCUGCCGGGCCUACACGUCUUGAGAGAGCUGAAGGUAGACACAACUGCUUGUAGCAGCUUGGCCUCUGUGGACCUCCUUUCCGAUGAAAUGCAGGCGCUGGCCAGCGUGCAGCUCUGCUUUGCCGAUUGCACGAUGCUCACGUCCCUUGAGGAACUCACGAGGCCUUUGAAGACGUUGACGGAAAUCUCAGUCUUCGAGCUUUGCUUGGCCGGCUGUGUUUCUCUCAGGAGCUUGGGUCAGCUCGGUGCACAUCUGCGAAACUUGCCCGCGCUGUCGAAGUUGCGACUGAAUUUGUCUUCAUGUGUGUCUCUCGACAGCGAGGCAUCCUCUAAUUUGCAGCGAUGUUGGGGAGAGCUUCCCAGUGAUGUGGAUGUUUGGGUCAUCGCGUCUUCCAGCGAUGGUUCAAGUUCAAGCCGCCUACCGCUUUGA